AUGAAGUAUGACAUGAUGAUUGACAUCGUCGAUCCACGAAAAUUUCGCUCUUUUUGCCUUCGUGGAGAGGGACGAGCAAACUUCGUCAUUAGUGCCAAAAACGCAACGACUGGAAUACGAAUUGUCUGGAGGUUCGCAAAAGCAAGAAAAAGUGGCCUUUUGACGUGGAAGGCUAAGAGUGAAUUGGUAAGCCAAUAUAUGGAGCAGCUCGUUUCGCCCUUCUUCGAUGCACGAUAUCUUGUCAAUCCGAAAAUCAUCGAAAUGGCAGUGACGGACGUUCACCAAUUAGCAAAGAUCCCCUCGCUUCCAGCCAACUUCAAGCUUGAGAAGUUCGAUGAGCUGUUAGCUCUUCCUGAUGAUCUCUCAUUUUUCCCGUUGGCGAAUGUUCCGCGAAACGUCGUCAGGCUUUCCGCGUUGGAAAUGUUGGAUGCUACAAGGAUUCCGAAGCACCUAAUCUCCUAUAUUGGACCGACCAUCACGGUAGAAAUCAAACCUAAACAAGGAUUCUUUCAAAACCAUGCCUCGAUCGAUCUUCCAUUCUGUAACAAUUGUAUCCUACAGCUCGAGAAAUGUGGAUCGGACCACUACGAGGAGAUGUACGAUUUCUGUCCAAUUGAUCUCUUUUCCGGAAACUUGCCCAGAAUGAAGUCUGCUCUCGAGGCUCUGCUGAAAGUGCCGCACAGAAAUUUGCGUAUCUUCAUCGAUGGGAAUUUGAUUCACUCGGACGAAUCCCUUCUUGAUGCUGAUCUUUUUUCAACCACACUUUUUCCAAGCGGGCAAGGAAACGCGGACGACUUGAUUACAGCGCUCUGCCUAGUGCUAGCAGGAUGUGACGAUGUGCGUGACUUUUCUUUACGGGAGCAUUCGGUCCUUGGACAAAUCUUGGCUGCGCAAAAGAUCGAUUCAGUGGGGAUAGUGAAAGCUCACCAGAUUUACAAAAGUCUCCCAGCUGCUGUACAGAAAGAACUACACUACAAAACUCGGCUUCCUGUGAGAGGAUUGGAAAUAUUGGAAGCGACUGACGAUCGAGCUCUUCUAGAACAGUAUCUCCUAGCUGCAACAAUGAAGGACUGUUCUGUGAUGGCUUCUUUCCGAUUGGUGCCCUCUGGAACCUACCACACUUCAGCAGGUGUUGAUGACGCCCAAAUGAUUAAGCUUCCUAACGGAUUGUGUUUUGCGUACUCGGUGAAGAUAGUUGAUUUGGAUCCCAAGAGCCCCAAAAACUUAGUCCGUGCCUUUGCAAGAUUCAUGGCUGGCGUUAAGAUGAUACGUCUGGAAUCAGUUACGAGAACUCCCUGUGUUGAAUCCCUGUGA